CCGAAUCACGCCAACGUUAUGGAAGUUCCUGGAUCGUGUGAAAUAAGAGUAGUACCAAAGGCACCCUAUAAUUUCAUAAUCAAAAAUGGAAAAUUGGCUAUGGAGAUUCCGCGCGGUCAGAAAUUCAUACAGACACAAAGUGGUUCGACAGGAAAGUCCUUUCGAUCCAAUCCAUUCUUGGGGUCAAAUAAAGACAAAGGAUAUGUCAGUGACCUAGCACGACAAAGCACUCUCCGAGGGCAUGGAAUGUCUAAUUUUUCGGUCAGAAUCUCGACAGUAAUGUCUCUGUUAGAUUCUCCAGUCGAAAUACGGGAAAACUCCAUUAAAUUCUCGAUGGAAACGGAGUUUUGCGAAUUAUCCCCGGAACUGGAAGAUCAUUUCGAGAUCUUCGAACAUAUUCGAGGGUUCAAUGUGACUAUUGUCACUUCGGCCAACACACAAGAUGAGACUUUACCACCGUGGAGCGGCUUUUUGCAAAAAGAAAGAUGAGGGGGAAACUCAGUAAGAUGUCGGAAAAGCGAAAUAUACGAGAUCACAAACGUAGAUUGCUCGCGGCUAAAUAUGAAUUGAGACGAAAGCUUUAUAAAGCUUUUUGUAAAGAUCUCGAUCUUCCGCGGGACAAACAUCGUUAUAAGUUGUCCAAGUUGCCAAGAAAUAGUUCCUUUGCACGAGUAAGAAACCGAUGUAUUUCCACGGGUCGCCCUCGUGGAGUAGAUGAGUUCUUUCGAAUUUCUCGUAUCGUUUUUCGUGGAUUAGCAUCUCGAGGUCCGGGCAUAAAGAAAUCGUCUUGGUAGCAACGACCAAACCAAUAGAACAAGGGUUAGCUCUGCAGCUGGUCCACAAGCAAGGUAAGUAGGUCCAUUACCGGCCGGCUCCGGACCGAAAAGACCUAACGGAGUAAUCCCUUAUCUCGGAUCGGAGAUGCUAACGGGGCGGGAAUCGAAGUGGGGGACCUCUCUACCGCCUGUGUCUAUCUCCUGUCAAGUAUGCUCCCCAGACAUAGACUACGUACAGGGUAGUACUUUUGGAAUCACCGCGUGAACAUAACAUUCAGUUACGAAUUUCAUUCCCGAGGGAUCGACCACUAUUCUAAAUAUAGUAAGGCGGGGAACUGUUGUUCAUUGGAGCGCCGGAGUGCGGAGGUUGUUUCCAUCAUUGAAGUCAGAGUGUGGGACUGAGCCUUCCGAAUGAAAAAGACAAAAAAGUGCUUUGUUUCGUUGGAAAAACCAACGCAAAUAUCAUAUUGACUAUCUCUCGCCCUACUUCUAAAGAUAGAUAAAAAAGGUUGGAGAGAGGGACUUUCAACAAUUCUCUCCUUUCUAAAGCUGCGAAGGGCGGCCCCCCCAGAACAAAGCCCCACCCCUCUUUUCCCCCUUUAAUGAAAGACCCUCGCCUCGCUUCCUAUUCAUUUGUGGGUCGGGACCCGAGGGCCUUUUUUUUCUCAAGAGGUGAUUUCGAGAAUCAACCAACCGAAAAAUCCGUAGCCCAGGUGACUCACAGCCUCCCUCUUGCCCAAAUGAAAUGGGAUGAAUCAAAUCAAUAAAAUAAGCUUUUUGAUUGAUU